AUGGUUUCCUCUUUCUGCUGGAGCUGCUUGACGCGGCUUCGUUCGACAACUCGAGCUCUUCUCCCACCGUCGUUAGCAACACCCAGAGUAGCGGCAUUUCACUCAUCACCGGUGCAAUAUGCGAACCCGACAAAGAAGAAAGCCAGUCUUGAUGGUCCUCCUAAGUACCGUCAGGCAAAGUCUGCCAAGAUGAAGAAGAAGAAGCCCGUUGACAGGCCUCGUCCGCCGCCUGUGGGAGAACGCAAGGCGCUCCGGAAACGCAUCGUUCUCAGUAACCCGAACGCUCUUGAGGUUGAGGGCAUGCAGGACCUCACAGAAGAGACGAUGGUGGAUUCACGUCUUCGUGGAACGGUCCUGGGUCUGCCCCUGCCGCUGAUCGAUCCGUUAAGAGCUGUGCAGGCUUUCAAGCCCAAGCAGGGCUGGUCGAUAUUCCGCCGUCCCGGCACGGUGGUAAGACGGGAGACUGUGGAGCUGGGAAGACAAUUUGACAUGAUCUCGGGUGAAGGCGAAGACAAGGGCAAGGUCAUCAAGAAGAUCGUUACUGGUGUGCGAGGAACGGGAAAGAGUGUGCACCUGCUGCAAGCCAUGGCCAUGGCGUUUACUAAGAAAUGGGUCGUGUUUACUGUUCCUGAACCCCAGGACCUGGUCGUCGCACACACUGGCUACGCGCCUCUCUCUGACGAAGUCCCCAAUCUAUAUGUCCAGAAUGAAGCAACAGCUGCCCUCUUGUCUCGUACGGUCAAAGCGAACGAGGAGGUCUUGUCGGGGCUGAAGGUUUCUCGGGCGCAUCCCGCUCUCGGCUCGGCUGUGAAACCCAGCAUGAGCCUGGCAGAGCUUGCUACUCUUGGCAUUAACGAUCCCGCCGUCGCCUGGCCUGUCUUUGAGGCGCUGUGGGCUGAACUUACUGCAACUUCUGCAUCUCCCGGCUACGACAAGGCCUUCAAGCCUCGCCCUCCGAUUCUUGCUACUGUGGAUGGCCUGGCACACUGGAUGAAAGACACUGAAUACCGAAGCGCUGACUUUGAGCCCGUUCAUGCUCAUGAUCUUGUCUUCGUAAGACACUUUCUUUCGCUGUUGAAGCCCGGUGCUGGUCAGCCUACCCUUCCGAAUGGGGGCAUGCUGCUCUAUGCCACUUCCGCUUCCAACAAUCCUACUAUCUACAGCUUCGAAGUUGCUCUCAAGCAGACAGCAGCGCGCCAGGCUGGUGUUAGUCCUUCCGCUCCCGAAUUCCCUCAGGCCGAUCCCUACAGCAAAGUUGACAAGCGCGUCCUUGACGCAUUCGAGUCUCCUAAACCCGCCUCUGCUAAGGAGGGUGCUCUGGAGCUUCAGACUCUUGGCGGCCUUACAAGGGAUGAGGCUCGAGGUUUCAUGGAAUACUUCGCACGCAGUGGACUUCUGCGGGAAAACGUCAAUGACGAGUGGGUUGGGGAGAAGUGGAGCUUGGCCGGAGGUGGCGUUGUUGGAGAAUUAGAGAAGCUGGGGAGACGGCUCAGAGUGAUGGCCUAA